AUGCCCCAACUAAAUCCCAGUCCAUGAUUUAUAAUUUUAGUUUUUUCAUGACUUGUCUUCCUAAUUAUUCUACCACCCAAAGUUCUAAGCCACACCUUCACAAAUGAACCUACCCAUAAAAAUGCAGAAAAAAUUAAACCUGAACCCUGAACCUGACCAUGAUCCUAA